UCAGCUUGAAGCCAUUCUGGUAUCAUUAGGUAUAAACGUGUCAGAAAUUGGUCUUAAACACAUAAAAGGACGUCAGGGAGACAAUUUUAGACGCCAAAUGACACGGGGAUAAGCUCCUUUCUCUGUCAUUUGGAUGAGAGGGACAGAAUUCUCUGUUUAGAAUAUAUUAGAUUGAAUUUUACAUAUUGCCUAAGAGGAUAUUUAAUGAGUUCUUUCUUGAGGGGAAGAGCAGAAAAUGUCAUUUAUUGAGCUUCAUUUUUGGAAGUUCACAGAUUGGAGCGUCGACCAUGAAGUCAGGUGACUCCCCCAUUAAAAAGAAGUGGAUUUUUGCACAAAAAGUAUUUGAACUUAAUGUUAAACUAAUGUUUCAGACACUUCAGUUCAAAAUAAAGCUACAAAUUGCAUUUCUGAGUAUUUUUUUUAUUUAAAUUGUUACAUAAAAAUGUGAAAACAACACAUUUUCUUUUAUUUUUUUUGGCUAAAUGCAGCAUAAUUGUAAUGAAAAAAGCAGCAAGUCCCACAAUGUGAUCUUUAGAACAUGUUCCUCUCUCUUCUUGUCUCAGUGGAACCUGCAUCUGCGAAGGAAAACAACUGUCUGAACGCUGCCAAGGCCUGUAACCUGAAUGACACUUGUAAGAAGUACCGCUCGACUUACAUCAACUCCUGCACCAGCAGGGUGUCUGCCUCUGAGGUCUGCAACAAGCGCAAAUGUCACAAGGCCCUGCGAGAGUUCUUUGACAAGGUUCCGAGUAAAUACAGCUAUGGGAUGCUGUUUUGCUCCUGUCCAGCAGAGGAUCAGAAGGCGUGUGCAGAACGCCGGCGUCAAACCAUCGUUCCCGUCUGCUCCUACGAGGACAAAGACAAACCCAACUGUCUGUCGCUGCAGAACACCUGCAAAACCAACUACAUAUGCAGGUCAGACUGUCACUGGGUGUAG